UUGAAGAGCCCUCUCUGCAGACCCAGUGAGGCCGGGGGAUCGCCUGGUUCUUCCUCUCCCGGUAGUCUGCCGGCCCAUUGCUCGAGACGGAAACACCGAGGCCAGCCAGCCAGUCAUGGGUCUUUGGUGGUUCGCGCUCCUAGCCAGUGAGCUUCUCUGGCUGCCCACAGAGUCCCUGGAGUCCUGUGCUAGUCACUGCGGGGACUUCAGAGUAAACUGCUCUUGUUACGUGACCUGUGCAUCCCUGAACACCUGCUGUCCCGACUAUCAUCAAUUCUGCCUUAAGAUCUCGCCCUACUCUGGCUCUAUAAUGGGUGGUAAAGACUUCAUGGUGCUGAGUGAGCCAUGGCUCCCCCAAGCCUCAGUGAUCUCCGUGGUCUGCAGGUUUCGAGAGACCAUCCAAACGCAGGGCUACAUGGAUGAUGCAGGCAGGAUUCACUGUGUAUCACCCCUCCUGUACGGAAGUGGGCGAGUCCCAUUCAGUGUAUCCUUGGACGGUGGCAACACGUUCCCUAGCUCUGGGACCUGGCUGGCAGUCCAUCCCAGCAAAGUGUCAGAGGCAGAGAAGAGUGAGCUGCUCAAUGAGACCAUGUGGCAGUAUUAUGGGACUCCAGGGGUCACUGGCAACCUCACCCUCUCCUGGAAGAGCUCCCUGCUGCCUGAGCCCAGAGUCAACAUUGAGCUAUGGGGCUACCAAGAGACAGGCACACCCUACUCUGAUGAAUGGAAGGCCGAGUGGACGUAUCUGUAUACUCUAGCCAGGAACGUCUCCAACAGUCAGAACUUCACCUUCAUCCCGGUGCCAGCCAAACCCCAGUACCAGGCUUGGGAAGUGGGUGCCCUGCGCAUCUCUGGGAGCAGCCACACUGAUGGAGAGAGGGAUGUGCCCGCGAUCUGGAGCAAUGAGCAUGCUUUGGCCUGGCACCUUGGGGAGGACUUCCGCAAGGAUUCCGUUGCCUGGGCCUCUGCCAAAUGCACGAACUGGUUCUUGAUGGACCAAAAGCUGCCCGAUUUCCUGGCAGAGAUUGUGGAUUGCCCCUGCACCCUGGCGCAGGCUCAGGCCGACACUGGGCGCUUCUUUGCUGAUUAUGGCUGUGAUGAGAGGGGCAGCGUGUGCACAUAUCAUCCAGAAGCUAUGCACUGUGUGCGGAGCAUACAGGCCAGUCCCCGGUAUGCUGCGGGUCAGCAGUGCUGUUACUACGCGGCGUCAGGGAGUCAGGUGGCCACAAAGGACACUUCAAGCGGGGUAGGCACCCCAGACCGUGCCCACGACUGGGGCUCAUUCCCUUAUGGGCGACCACCUCGGGGGUGCCCCGGCCCUCUCUCACACUGGAUGUAUGACGUCAUCACCUUCUACUACUGCUGCCUGUGGUCCCCCAAACUGCCAGUCCACUACUUAGCGCUCCGGCCCUCAAGUGACUGCCGAACUUACGCAUCCCUGCCUCACCUGGCCUCGGCCUUCGGGGACCCUCACUUCCUUACAUUUGACGGUAUCAACUUCACAUUCAACGGGCGCGGAGAGUAUGUUCUGGUGCAGUCUGACCUCACGAAGCUGACGGUACAAGGCAGGACGCAGCAGCCCUUGACAGCCAGUGGUGCCCGGGCCUCUGCGACGGGCAUCGCCGUGGUGGUGAAGGAGAACUGCCUACAGAUGGUGCUGGAGGCCCGACUUGGACCAAUGGGGAGCACCCCUCGAGGGUGCUGCUGAAUUCAGGGGGUCCUGAAUUUCACUGAGCAGAGCUGGUAUAGAACCUGAAUGGUGAUCCCUGUUCCUUUUCCAGGCAUGUACUUGUCGGUGUCUGGGAACCAGAACGUGUCAGUCAUGCUGGACUCCGGGGCUGGUGUGGAAAUCCAGGCCCAUGAGCACUUCUUGAGUCUGAACAUCCUUCUUCCCGAGAAGUUCAUGAAUCAGACUCAGGGCCUCCUGGGAACCUUGAACAACAUCCCAUCUGAUGACUUCACCCUGAGGAAUAAAACAGUCCUGCCCCACAGCAUUGCCUCCGAACCCCAAGAGCUGUUCAAGUUUGGAGCUGACUGGGCCAUUACAAAUGACUCCUCCCUGUUUACCUACGAUUCCUGGUUUUUGGUGGACAACUACCUCCGAGGAUCCAAGCAUGACCACACCUUCCUACCUGUCUUCACACCUGGGCCCCUGACACCCCAGGUCGCCAACCUCUGUGGAAAUGAUCUCUUCUGCCAGUUUGAUGCCCUUGUCACUGGGAGGUUGGACAUUGGCAAUUCCACAAGGAUGGCCCACAAGCGGUACCAGCACCUGCAACAGAGCCUGGAGCCAGUGCUGUCCUGUGGGUGGCUCUCUGCCCCAGAGCAUGGGAAGAAAAAUGGAACCAGCUACCUGGUGGGCUCCACAGUAAAGUACAGCUGUGAGCCAGGCUACUGGCUGAAGGGCUCUGAGGAGCAGACUUGCCAGCCCAGUGGAAAGUGGUCAGGCGUCCAGCCACAGUGCAAAUCAGUCUCAAGUUAUGUUCUACUGCUGGGACUCAUCUUGGGAUCGCUGUUUGUGGUGGUACUGACUCUUGUGGGCGUCUCGUUGUGGAAAAGGAAGAGGAGAGGGAUGAGGAGGAUGUAGGGCACCUUGCAGACACAGAUUCCAUCCCCCACCUGAGUACCCCUGCCCACCCCCCAACAGGGGGCUCAUCCCCCAACUCAGUGCCUAUUCUACCUUGACACACAUUCCCUACCUGGGUUUCCACCCCCCAUGUGGAAUAGCCAGGCAUCCACCCUCAUCC